UUUUUUCUGCGUUUCGUACGAAGAACGAAUCAAUUACGUAGACGAUCAAAACAUCUGUUGAGUAUCAAUUGACUUAAUUGAGUGAGGAAAGUUCUAUUCAUGAAAAGAACAUAUUCGAUUUUUGACAAGUUCAUUUCGAGCUAUCAUUACUGAACUUGAGGGGUACGUGACUGAAGAGGGAACCUUUCGAGGUGGUAAAUCGCUUUUCGACUCACAUUAUUUUCAUCAUGUAGGGAGUUGUGAGUAGUGCAAAACUCCAAGUUGUUAUCAACAUGUCUAUUCGUGUAGGUGUUAAUUAUCAUGCAAUAGUCACGACGACAAUAUCGGGUUAUAAUACUCAUGGUACAAGAACAAAUCAUGAAAUGGCAUAUGGAAAUGUAUUUGAAACAGUGGAUCCAUUAUUUGAACAACAAAUUAAUACACAUUUUAUGGGGAUUGCAUCAUAUUUAGAAGAACACGUUGGUACGUUGUCUCAAGUACCAUUGAUGAUUUUGUACAAAUCAUCUGUACUAUUAGAAGAUGAACAUUAUGCACAAGUAUUACAGUUUUCAUGGGAACUUUUACUCAAUAAAGAUGAAGUACUAGCUGCAUGUGCUGCCACGAUUGUCAUUUUGGCAGCAGCACGUACUGACCAUGUAGUUGAUAAAUUGUUUCAUAAUGAAAUGUAUAAUGCGUCUGCUAUUGUUCGAUAUAAUGUCAUAUUAAAAUUUCAAACGUUAUGGCGUUUCCAUUAUCAAUUUUGGAUUCCAGCUUCUAUUUUGGCAAUAUAA